AUGGAAGAGGCAAGUAGCGAGCACCAGCGGCUCCUUCCCUGCAGCUCCGGCCCACACUCGAACUACAACGCAGCAGCCGUGGAAGUGGGCACUCCAGCGGCACCUUCCCCAUGGGGUGGGUUGGAGGACGCAGAUCAACAAUCCUUGAACUCGACGGAAGUGCGGCGGCGCCAUGAGUCGAAGGUAUUGUUAGCUGCCCUCAUGUUCUGUUUCGUGUUCAUGCUGGUAGAGCUCAUGUUCGGCGUGGUGGCACACUCCCUGGCACUUCUGACUGACGCCUCGCAUCUCCUCAUCGACGUGGGCGCCUAUGCGCUGAGUAUCAUGAGCCUACGUGCCGCCUCGAGGACCUCCUGCGGGAAGUACAGCUACGGCUGGCACCGCGCGGAAGUCAUCGGAACGCUUGUUUCGGUCUUCUCCAUUUGGGCCCUUGUCGUCUGGAUUGUCAUGGAGGGGUUGGAUAGGUCAUGGAAUGUAGUGAAGUGUAGCCGUAUCCAUGCUAUGCUUGCUACCACUGCUCAACAGUACAAGCGGAAUAAUAGCACCAGCUAUUACGGCUUCGGUAAUAUUUCACAGCGCCCUACGGUCGACAAGGAUGGAGCGCUGACAGAGGCGACGCAUAUGGAAAUGUGUACAAGUAUCGACUCACCCAUCAUGGUUGUGGUGGGUGUACUAGGGAUGGUGGUAAACGUUGUAUGCGCCGCUAUUUUGUACUUCGGUGGUUCGCACGGCCACAGUCAUUUUGGUGGAUCACACCAUCAUAGCCAUAGCGGUAACGGGGAAGAAGAGGAUUCACUAUGCGAGGAGAAUACUGGGCACAAUCACAGUCACGACCAUGGACAUGGACACGGGCACAGCGGAAGUGAAGGUGAAGGUCAUGAUCACAGUCACAGUCACAGUGGCAGAGGGUUCGCCGUUCACGCUGCUCUGCUUCAUGCGUUGGGUGAUUGUGUCCAGUCUCUCGGCGUCAUCCUCGCUGGAAUCUUCAUUUAUGUCGCAAACCGUUAUUCGUACGGUGUUCCAUCAUAUCGCUACUCCAUUUACAACCUUGCAGACCCGCUGUGCUCGCUACUGUUUGCCGUCAUUACGCUCAACAUGACGCGACCGUUGCUGCGGGACCUUCUGGGAAUUCUCAUGGAGAGUACCCCUCCGGGUAUUAACUACUCCGAGUUGUUGAGUGCCCUGCGCAGUAUUAAAGGUGUUGAAGGCGUACACGACCUUCACGUGUGGUCGAUUGCCUCCGACUACGCAGCGCUUUCGGUUCAUCUUGAGGCAGACGAUAAGGAUGCAGCCCUUCAGGAGGCACAGGAGGUUUGCAAGAGAUUUGGCAUCACCCAUACGACCAUUCAGGUGGACACGGUGGAAAAUGGGGCAGGUCUAUGUCACUCCCUGUGCGCCUCGGCACAAACUAUCGCCUAA